GGAAUAUCCAAAAUCGCACUACUCUCUUGCUAAAUUAUUCCUCUUCCUACAUCUCCUGCAACACGCAUACGCCCCAAUUUCGCAUUUUGAUUCAUCUUCAUGGAGAACAACAAUGACACCGCGCAGGAAAACCCCAACAAUCGCUGCAAUCCUAACCCUAUCGCCGCCGAUGUCGCCGGAAAUCGCCCCCGAAGAACUCCUUUCACCGACCUCAGUCAAGUUGACGCCGAUCUAGCACUUGCUCGUACUCUCCAAGAACAGGAAAGAGCUUAUAUGAUGUUGAGAAUGGGAGUCGAUGGUGGCAGUGAUUAUGGGAGUUGGGAAGCCGAGAGUUACGAGCAUGACGAUGCUAGUGAAGAGGAUUACGAAGAGUCAGAUGUUGAGGUGGGCGAUGGUGAAGGACAUGUAUUUGACGAGCAUGCUCAUGCUGAAGGAGAAGAUGAUGAUGACCAAGAUGUUGAAUUGGAUCCAUCUGCAUUUUCUGACGAUGAGGCAUUUGCGAGAGCCAUGCAAGAUUCUAUAGAUGAAGACAUGGCUGCUAGAUUGUUGGCCCUGGCUGGGAUGAAUGAAAGUGAAGAUGAAGAUGAAGAGGAAGAGGAUCAUGGUGGUAAUUCUCAGGAUGCAUGGGAGGAGGUUGAUCCGGAUGAACUAUCAUACGAGGAGCUGCUUGCUCUGGGUGAAAUAGUUGGAACAGAAAGCAAAGGCCUUUCUGCAGAGACGAUUGCGUCCUUGCCAUCAAUUAACUAUAAAUCACAAGGCAGCCAGGAAGGAAUCAGUGAUUCCUGUGUGAUAUGUAGGCUAGACUUUGAAGAUGACGACAUGUUGACACUUCUUUCUUGUAAACAUUCCUACCAUUUAGAGUGCAUUAACAACUGGUUACAAAUAAACAAGGUCUGUCCUGUAUGCAGUGCUGAAGUCUCGACUUCAUGUAUAAGCUAGCGGACUCUGCGAUGAUGAUGGAGCUUUGCAAAACGUCGGAGCCAUAGCCUCCAGGAUGGUGAAGAGAUGAGACAUUCUGUAAAAAGAUGGAAGCAAAUAAUUGAUAGCUUUUCCAUCCUUCUAUAUUGUACUUAAUCUAAGAACAAAUCCAACUGUAUCAACGUUCAUUCAUUUUCUUGUACAUGGAUAUAUAUAUUUAAUAUGAUGACUAAAACUUUGACGGAUUACACUAAAA